AUUGCUGGGAGCGGUUUCUGCCCUGAGCGCAUCUGCGAUUGCUACUUACCUGCCUCUCCCCCACCCUCAGUUUAGGGGCACCUUGGUUCAACUUUCCAGGGAAGGAGGGGAUGGGGUUGGAAACAGAGGAAGCUCAGUACCUCACGUAAGUCCACAGUGAGAACUUCCAGGGACCUGCGGUGACACCUCUCACACUGCCAGCAGGGGACACAAUCCUCAGCAUGCUCAAAGGGAAAUAGAAGUCAGAACCAGAGCCUCUAACCUGUACCCCAGUGAUGGGGCCCCCCGUGCACCAGCUGGUGGCUGGCCUGUGCAUGGGGGUGGUCUUGGGCUGGGUAGGAGGCUCAGCCCCGAGCCUGGGCCCAGCUGAACAGGAGCAGAACCACUACCUGGCCCAGCUGUUUGGCCUGUACGGCGAGAACGGGACACUGACUGCAGGGGGCCUGGCCCGGCUUCUCCACAGCCUAGGGCUGGGCCGAGUUCAGGGGCUUCGCCUGGGACACCAUGAGCCUCCAACUGGGCGGGCUGCACCCCCAAAUGGCGACAAUUUCACACACAGACUACAGGAACCGGAGCUGAGUGUUCAUGUCUGGGCAGGAAUGCCUCUGAGUCCUUCAGGCUGGGAUGACCUGGAGGAGUCAAAAGCCCCUGACCUGCCCCACGAGCCAGGGCCCUCGGGCCUAGACCUCUUUCACAGGCUUCUGCUGCUGGACCAUUCUUUGGCUGACCACCUGAAUGAAGAUUGUCUGAAUGGUUCCCAGCUGCUGGUCAACUUUGGCCUGAACCCUGUUGCUCCUCUGACCCCUCGUCAGUUUGCUCUGCUAUGCCCAGCUCUGCUUUACCAGAUUGACAGCCGUGUUUGCAUCAAGACUGCAGCUCCAGCACCUCCAGGAGACGUACUGUCUGCUCUGCUUCACAGUGCCCUGGCGGUCCUGCUGCUCAGCCUCCCUGCUCCCCUCUCCCUGCUGCUGCUGAGGCUCCUGGGACCUCGUCUGCUGCAGCCUGUGCUAGGCUUCCUGGGGGCCCUGGCCGUGGGCACUCUUUGUGGAGAUGCAUUGCUACACCUGUUGCCUCACGCACGAGAAGGGCAGCACACAGGAACUAAUGAGCAACCAGAGGACCUGGGUCCGGGGCUGUCAGUGCUUGGUGGCCUCUUCCUGCUCUUCGUGCUAGAGAACGUGCUAGGACUGGUGCGGCACCAAGGGCUCAGGCCAAGAUGCUGCAGGCACAAAAGGGAUCUUGGAGAAUCGAACCUUGACCCAGAGGAUGGCAGUGGGAUGGUCCUUCGACCCCUACAGGCAGCUCCAGAGCCAGAGGUUCAGGGCCAGAGGGAGAUCAGCCAGUCCCCACCAGCUCCAGCCCCUCCUGGGCACCGAGGCCACAGUCAUGAGCACCAGGGUGGCAGCGGCACCAACAUUGCAUGGAUGGUUCUCCUGGGAGACGGCCUGCACAACCUCACGGACGGGCUCGCAUUAGGUGCUGCCUUCUCUGCCGGCUUCUCCAGCGGCCUUAGCACCACCCUGGCGGUCUUCUGCCACGAGCUGCCCCAUGAACUGGGUGACUUUGCCAUGCUGCUUCAGGCAGGGCUGUCCUUCCGGAGGCUGCUGUUGCUGAGCCUCGUUUCUGGAGCCCUGGGACUGGGGGGUGCAGCCCUUGGGGUGGGGCUCAGUUUGGGCCCUGUCCCCCUCACUCCCUGGGUGUUUGGGGUCACAGCUGGGGUCUUCCUCUACGUGGCCCUUGUGGAUAUGCUGCCAGCCCUGCUCCGGCCUCCUGAGCCCCUGCCUGUGCUCCACAUCCUCCUGCAGGGGCUGGGUCUGCUGCUGGGGGGCAGCCUCAUGCUUACUAUAGCCCUGCUGGAGGAACAGCUACUGCCCGUGGUUCCUGAUGGCUGAUGGGGGCCAGUGGCAAAGGAUCCAGAUUGCCCUUCCUUCCCCCCAACCACAGGAACGGAGGCCGGACACAGGGCCAGUAGGAGCAAUAGGAUUUUAAUAAACAGAACCCAU